UGGUCCCUAUUUCUUACGUGUAGCGAAAAAUGAAGUUUCUGGAUGUGAUUGUUGUUUUCGCGAUGGCCGUCAGCGUGAUUGAUGGCCAAUCUGACGACGAAGCCUGGAACGAAUACAAAAAAGAGCAUGGAAAAAAUUACUGGUUCUAUAUCGACGGUGGGCUACGAGACAGAAUGCGCAAGCGCAUUUUUCUCUACAGAAAUGCGGAAAUCAAACGGCACAAUAGCGGGAAAUUCUCAACAUACACUCAAGCGCACAACUACUUCUCAGACAUGAGGCCAUCGGAAUGGCAAAGGUAUCUCGGCGCUAACCCAACCAAGAUCCCUUCCAACAUUUUUUCGGAGGAAACAAACACCAUUGACACACAAAGACGACAGUCUCUUCCCGAGAACCUCGACUAUAGAAACGACCCUUGUAUGCCGGAAGUGAAAAACCAAGCAGCGUGUGGAAGUUGUUGGGCUUUCGCUGCUACCAAUCCGCUGGAAUUUGCCCACUGCAAGAAAUCGAAUGCCCCAGUUAUUUUAAGUGAGAAACAGCUGGUCGAUUGCGACAGAGUUAACGCCGGAUGCAACGGCGGAUGGUACACGGACGCAUGGGACUACAUCGAAAAAGCCGGAGGAUCUGCGCAAACGUCGCUGUACGCCCGCUACAAUGCCCGAAGAGGCAUUUGCAGAUUCAGAAAAAGGAUGAUUGGCGCAAAGGUGUCGUCAUUCAGCUACGUUAAAGCGAAUGACGUUGUGGCUAUGCAAGAGGCUAUGCAGACAUAUGGUCCCCUCGCAGUUGCCAUGACCGUGGUCAACUCCUUCGCGUCCUACGGGAGCGGAAUAUACGACGAUGCGGCGUGCGAUAACAGAGAAGUCAAUCACGCGGUUGUUCUUGUCGGUUGGGACACGGUCGACGGGGUGGACUACUGGAUCGGUCGCAACUCGUGGGGACCCAAAUGGGGAGAAAAUGGCUACUUCAGGAUCAAACGUGGUGUCAACAAAUGUAAAAUUGAAAAUUACGCCGCCUACGUUGUGCCAGUUUAGUGAAAUUAAUCCUAUUUAAUGUGAAUUGAAUAUUGCAAUUAUUUAAAUAAAGUAAGAGCUAUCAUG